AUGCUUCUGAGAGUAAGAUCCGCUACACCUAGAUUACGAGCUCUUAAACUACAACAAUCUAGAGUCAAGGUUGUCGGGUCUUGUUCUUUCUAUUCAACCCAUUCCCCAAACACAUUCAAUACCGCAGUUGAAACUGCAGAAAAAUUAGUACAACCACCAACUGAAUCAGUUUUCCAUGAUCCAUUUUCAAUAGUCAGUCAUGAAAUGUCCAAUUUGGCAAAAUCUAUAGCGAACUUAAUCGGACUGGGUCAUCCUACUUUAAAUCGUGUAAGUAGUUACUAUUUUGAAGCUGAUGGUAAAAAUGUCCGUCCAUUAAUUGUAUUAUUAUUAUCAAAAGCAUUACUGAAUAUCCCUUUGGAACAAAGAAAUAGAAUUAAAAUAGAUACUUAUGAUGUUACGGAACAACCCCAUUUUAAAGGUACACCAACUAAGACGUCAGUAGCUGGGAAAUCUGUAGAUGAUUCAAUUUCUCCAUUGAGAAUCUUACAUGGAAUCAACCCCAAGGUUAUUUUGGAUCCAUUACUGAAACCAAUGGAUAAAUUACCUCAAUUUGAUGCUAUGAAUGGGAUCUUACCCAAACAAAGAAGAUUGGCCGAGAUUGUGGAAAUGAUACAUACUGCUUCAUUAUUACAUGAUGAUGUGAUUGAUUUAUCUGAUUCUAGAAGAGGUAGACCAAGUGGUAAUAUAGCUUUCACUAAUAAAAUGGCAGUAUUAGCUGGAGAUUUCUUAUUAGCAAGAGCUUCUGUUGCAAUUGCAAGAUUAAGAAAUCCGGAAGUUAUUGAAUUAUUAUCAACUACAAUUGCUAAUUUAGUUGAAGGAGAAUUCAUGCAAUUGAAAAAUACUGUCAUGGCCCCUAAUGGUAAUAAUAAUAUUAUAAAUAAUGAUGGAGAAGAUAAAUCCAUACCGGAACCAACUGGCAAAGUCCCCACGAAACAACAUGAAUAUUGUGUCAAGACUCCAACUCAAACAAAAGAAGAACUUGAUCAUUUAACCAAUGUAGAAGCAGCAUUUGAAUAUUAUUUACAUAAAACAUAUCUUAAAACCGCAUCAUUAAUGUCAAAACUGUCCCGAGCAGCUGCUGUAUUAAGUGGUGCUCAAGAUGAUGUUAUUGAAAAUUGUUAUGAUUUCGGGAGAAACUUAGGAUUAUGUUUCCAAAUAGUUGAUGAUAUGUUAGAUUAUACUUCUAGUGAUGCGGCAUUUGGGAAACCAACCCAAGCUGAUUUAAAAUUAGGUUUAGCCACUGCACCUAUUUUAUUUGCCUGGAAAGAACAACCACAAUUGGGAGAGUUAAUUGGGAGGAAAUUUAGUGAGCCUGGAGAUGUUGAAAUUGCAAGAAGAGCAGUUGAAAAAUAUAAUGGAUUGGAAAAGACUAGAGAAAUGGCAGAAGAUUAUUGUCGUCGUGCAUUGAAGAAUUUAAGAUGUUUGCCUGAAUCUGAUGCAAGAAGUGCUUUAGAGUUUUUAACUAAUUCUAUAUUAACUAGAUCCAAGUAG